UCGGCAGACGUAUUCUGUUGCGCGCUUGUUCUGUGUGCUAAUCAAAUUAUAGUGAUCGAUUGAAUGGUAUUUCUGUGUGUUAAGUAAAUCAAUUAAUAUCGGCCUUGCUGUACUAAUCGGCCACAGAGCAUGUCGUCGUUUAAUUUCGGAAAUACGUCCGCCCUGGGCUCAACGAGCACACCGGCCAAGCCCACCGGUUUUGGUAAUUUCUCUUUCGGAGGCCAAACGUCGACACCGGCCUUCGGAGCAACAGCAGCAACCGGCACCGCACCAGCGUUUGGCACGGGCACGGGAACAUCCGCCUUUGGUGCAACGACUGCUCCCGCUUUUGGCGCAGCUGCAGGAACACAGCCCACCAGUACUGGGGCAUUCGGUUCGUUAGGUUUCGGCGCUGGCACUGUCGGCGGAACGACCACCGGGUUCGGUGCUACCCCAGCCAGUACGGCGCCAACGUUCGGAUUUGGUACAAACACGGCCACUCCUGCGUUCGGUGGUUUCGGUGCCACGGCCACCACCUCCACCGCUGGCACUGGUUUUGGUGCGUUCGGUGUCAACACGGCCACCAUUUCCAGUGCUCAGCCAUUCGGUGGGUUCGGUUCUACCUUCGGUACAUCCGCACCAACCACUUCUGCGCCAUCAUUUUUUGGUGGGCUCGGUGCAACACAAACGAGUACGGCACCCGCAUUCGGAGGUUUCGGUACUGGUAGCACCUUUGGGACCGGUACUAAUGCAUUCGGCCAACAGGGCCAGACGGGCGGUUUAGCAUUUGGCCAAUCAGCCUUUGGCCAACCACAGCAACAGCAGCAACAGCUCCAACAGCAGCAACAACUUACUCCGGCCCUUUCACCCGAGGAAACUUUCGUUCAAUCGGUAUUCAAUGUGUCCAUCUUCGGUGACGAACGGGACACGGUGAUCGCGAAAUGGAACUACCUUCAGGCGAUGCUUGGAACGGGCAAAUCUUUCUACUCGCAGAACGCACCCCCGGUGGAUAUAACACCUACGAACUUCCUGUGCCGCUUCAAGACGAUGGGCUACAGUAAGCUUCCCGGCAAAGAAAACAAGGCCGGACUAGUCGGACUGACCAUCAAUAAAACGGUGGAUCAAAUUAAAGAACAACAGCAGCAGUUCAUCGUUAGCAUGAAUCAAGUCCUGGGCAAUAAACCGAACAUCACGAUCGUGGUGGACAACGUCAAAUCCAUCAGCGACUCGAAGGUGCAGGUAGUGAUGUACGUCGAAGAAAAAUCGACCAUUUCUAACGAAACGAAGCGCGUACUAGCAACUGAAUUGGCAAGCUACCUAAAUCAACCGAUGCCCAAACAACAGCUUGCUUCGCUGGGCAUCGAGUCGGUGCUGGCGCUAGUACUCCCGGAAGAUGAUCAGCUGAAGGAGUAUCUCGAUAAUCCACCAAAAGGCAUCGAUCCCCGCAUGUGGGAGCAGGCGAAGAUGGACAAUCCCGAUCCGAAGCGUUUCAUUCCGGUACCGAUGAUAGGGUUUCAGGAUUUAAAAUGGCGAAUCAAGUGUCAGGAAAAUGAGACUGAAAUUCACGCGUCAUAUCUGGCAAAGGUGGAGAAAGAGAUUGCUGAGCUAAAGCAGCGGCAUAUGAACACGACGGCCAAAAUUGCCGAGCACCGCCGGAACCUGGCCGAACUGAGCCAUCGGAUACUUCGGGUCAUCGUAAAGCAGGAAAGCACGCGCACGAUGGGGCUCGUGUUGUCUCCCGAGGAGGAAAUGAUUCGUUCAAAGCUGGAGAAUAUGCACGCCCUCGUGUCAACCCCGACGCAGUUCCGGGGCCGGCUGAGCGAGCUACUAUCGCAAAUGCGCAUGCAGCGCAACCAGUGGGCCCACGGGAACUUCUUGAACGAGUACACACUCGACAAGGACGCGACGCAAGAGAUGCAAUCGUUCCUUACCAUGCAGCAGAAAGCGGUCGCUUUUCUAAUCGAUACCAUCAACAAAGACAUGAAGAACCUAAAGAUCAUCAGCGAAGGUAUGACGCAGCUGGUGCAGGGUUAAUCCGGCCGGUUUGGAAACAGUUGUUUUUGCUCCAGCAUAUCUUGCACUGCUCAUCCUUUAUUUCAUAAUAAAUUUAUAAAUUUAUCGGAUAACUGACAAACCUUAAAAAAACAUAUUUUAUUUUUUAA